GGCACUUUACUAUCACUUCACGAAAUUGUAUAGGUCUGAGGUUUGGUGUGUGUGUCUGAACUUUUACAUGUGUUAUUUUGUAUGUAGUAGGAAUUGUUCGAAGGAUUAUUUAUACUUUGAUACUGCCAACAAUCAUGACAACAAACUGGUCAUUGCGGAUAUUUUAUUAUCGAUCAUUCCGUUUCGCGGUAACACUCCUACGAACUUUGUGGCUGGGGUAUUGCAGUUUCAACUUUAUCGAGGUCUAUGCCAAGCCGCAGGUCAGCGGUCACCCAAUGAUCCUAGGCGACCGCUUCAUAAGUGCGAUUUUUACAGAAGUCCUCAGGCUGGACGUGUUUUAGCAAGAUUGAUGGAGAAAGGAUCCUCGAGACCGUGGCAGGACACACUCCAAGAGGCGAUCGGUGAAUUUAGAUUGGACGGUGACGCACUAAGAGAAUUCUUCAGGCCUCUGGAGGAUUGGCUGAGAACGGAAAACCUCAGAAGCGGAGAAGUCGUCGGCUGGUCUUACGGUAACAAC